ACAUGCGUCAAAUCCUCGAAGCGCUACGCUACUGUCACGAGAACGACAUCGUACAUCGCGACGUGCGCCCCCACUGCGUGCUGUUGGCCGGGAGAGACAACUGUGCGCCGGUGAAGCUUGGCGGGUUUGGAGUGGCUGCCCAGUUGCCGACGCCUACGGCUAAUAGGGCGCCUCCUGAACUCGUGAUGGAAAGCCGUCAGCUAGUCGGCCCUAUGGGCUUAGCGUAUCUGAAAACUGACGAGUAUGGUCGCAUCGGCACCCCUCACUACAUGGCUCCAGAGGUGGUGUCCAGCCAGCUGUACGGGAAACCAGUGGAUGUCUGGGCUUGCGGCAUACUGCUUCAUGUGUUGCUGGUCGGGUAUCUACCCUUCACUGGCACCAGGGAGAGAUUGUUUGAAGCUAUUUGCCGUGGACGUUUGAGAUUCGACGCGCCCAUGUGGGACGACAUCAGCGACUCCGCCAAAGACCUGGUGCAGCGCAUGCUGACGGUGGACCACACUCAACGCAUCUCCAUACAGGACGUGCUCAACCACCGCUGGAUCCGGGACCGCGACAAGCAAUCCCGCAUCCACCUCUCGGGCGCCGUCGAAGAACUCAAGAAGUUCAACAGCCGCCGCCGCCUACGCGCCUCCACGCUGGGCGCGGCCGCCGUGGAUGAGGACGAGGACAGUGAGGCCGACCCGAGGACGCAGGCCGUGAUGGAGGAGGCUGCCGCCGCUGGUGAGACUGUAGAUACUAGAUAUACAGGGUGUUGCAAUAAGGGUAUUUCAAGAGAGCCGAAAGAGAGGUAA